UUAUCCGCCAUUGCCUAUGGCUAGUGCUAAUGAGUAAUGCCAAGUGCCAAUUCGAUUCCGCACUAAGCUUCAUAUAAAAUUUAACCAUAACAGAAAACCGUUACGGUGAGACUCUGUGCUGCGCAAGCUUCACACACACUCACCCUUCUAUCAUUUUCCGCCGCCGCAGAUGAUCACCGCCAAAGCGCCGCCACCGCCAUGUAGCACCGGAUUCUUCCGCCAUAUCGAAUGCGGACCGGCGCCGGCGCCGGUGAAGCUAGGGUUUGCGAAGCUCUGCGGUACCAAUGUCGCCGGACUGUACCGCGGCCGCCGAAGCCUGGUCCUCCGCGGUGCGAGAUCGAAGCCGAUUAAGGCGAAGGAGAACGCCGGCGCUUCUCUGAUCGAUGACUGGUUCAAGCCAAUUAAGGCUUCUGACGCAGAGGACGGUGCUGCUGCAUUUUCUGGUAAAAAUCUCCAUCAGAUGUCGAAUGUUGGGAAGUCGACAAACAUUAUGUGGCAGGACUGUCCAAUUCAGAAACAAGAUAGACAGCAGCUGCUUCAGCAAAAGGGCUGUGUUAUAUGGCUAACUGGCCUUAGUGGAUCAGGAAAAAGCACUAUUGCAUGUGCUUUGAGUCGAAGCUUGCACUCCAAAGGAAAACUGUCUUACAUCCUUGAUGGUGACAAUAUUCGGCAUGGUCUAAAUCAUGAUCUUAGUUUUAGAGCAGAAGAUCGUUCUGAAAACAUUCGAAGGAUUGGUGAGGUGGCAAAACUCUUUGCAGAUGCUGGUGUUAUUUGCAUCACUAGUUUAAUAUCACCAUACCGAAAGGAUAGAGAUGCGUGCAGAGCAAUACUUCCAAAAGGAGAUUUUAUUGAGGUUUUCAUAGACGUUCCAUUACAUGUGUGUGAAGCUAGGGACCCAAAGGGACUCUACAAGCUUGCUAGAGCUGGAAAAAUCAAAGGUUUCACUGGUAUUGAUGAUCCAUAUGAACCACCGUGUAGCUGUGAGAUAGUAUUACAGCAGAAAGGAGGUGAUUGUCAGACUCCUAGUGAUAUGGCUGAAAUAGUGAUAUCCUACUUGGAGGAGAAUGGAUACCUGCAAGCUUGACUUCAUUUUAAAGUCUUUCUUUGUUGAUUGCUUUAAAGAAGCCUUUCUUGUAACCUGUAGUUAUAUUAUGCAUAAUGUAAUUUUUGGUGCAUAAAAACUUGUUCUUUCCAAUGAAUAAUUAUUAGAUAGUCAUGGACUAUUACAUGUUCAUGGUUUCAACUAAUCUCUACGUAACAUAUAAUAGUUGAGUUUUUAAAUUUAUGAACAAGAAUUAAUAACACCAAGACUAUGAGUUAUGUAGAGAUUGGUUGGGACCAUUGUAGUCCAGGCCAUGUAAUAAUUCUUUCCUUCAAGCAGUAAGGAAAUCAUCGUUUCCUGCCCAUCUGCUUCAGGACUAAAUAAAAAAGGUAAAGCCAUGAGGAAGAACUAGUUGUCAUUGGUACUGCACCUAGGAAUAAAUUAUUAGUGUAUCUGGUUUGUAUCUUUUAGCCAAUAAUUGGUGGUGGAAUGUAUAGCGCAUGUGAAAAUCUGUGUCAUUUCAAUUAAUACCCAAUAGUAACUGGGAAUGCUUGUCCUUGAUAUUUCUGUGUCGGA